AUUCAGGGUCUUCGUGCUUGCCACUAGAAAUCUGCCCUGCAUGCCGUCAGGUGCCAGCUCUUACCCCACGUGCUGCUCAUGGGCUCACAGCAACUAUGAACAUUCACUGAUUUUUCUCUUUUGUAGUUAGAAGAAAACAUAACCUAUAGACCAUCUUCUGGCAGAAGAUGAUAGAUUUGGAUCAGAAACGGGAGGUAUUGGAAGCCAGGAAUCAAAAGUGAAGAAACUGCAAAGCCUUGGGUGAGAAAGGUUCCUGUCACUCACCAUGCCAGAAAUGACAGAGCAUGAGACUCCCACAAAAAAGCAGCACAGAAAGAAAAACCGGGAGACACACAAUGCAGUGGAGAGGCAUAGAAAGAAGAAAAUCAAUGCUGGGAUAAACAGAAUAGGAGAGCUGAUUCCCUGUUCCCCUGCCCUGAAGCAGAGCAAGAAUAUGAUCCUGGACCAAGCCUUUAAAUAUAUAACAGAACUGAAAAGGCAAAAUGACGAGCUCCUGCUGAAUGGAGGCAACAAUGAGCAAGCUGAAGAAAUUAAAAAGCUACGGAAACAACUGGAGGAAAUCCAAAAAGAAAAUGGCCGAUACAUUGAAUUACUGAAAGCAAAUGACAUAUGCUUAUAUGAUGACCCCACCAUCCACUGGAAAGGAAACCUUAAAAACUCAAAGGUAUCUGUUGUUAUUCCAAGUGACCAGGUUCAGAAAAAUAUCAUUGUUUAUUCCAAUGGGAGUCAGCCUGGUGGAAAUAGCCAAGGAACAGCUGUUCAGGGGAUAACCUUUAAUGUUGGUCAUAAUUUACAAAAGCAAACAGCCAAUGUGGUGCCGGUACAGAGAACUUGCAAUCUUGUGACUCCUGUGUCUAUUUCUGGAAUUUACCCUUCUGAAAACAAGCCAUGGCAUCAGACCGCAGUGUCUGCAUUGGCUGCCAAUCAGCCUGUUCCUCUCUGUCUUCCUGCUGCCAUUUCUGCUCAAAAUAUUCUUGAGCUUCCUGCCCCCGAAAGUGAAGCAGGUGCGCCUGGUGCCACUGGCGGCUCACUGAUUGCUGUGUCAGUUGGUCCUGAACCUCGUCAGCAUCCUUCCUCGCACAUAUGUCCAAAUGAUCAAAAUUCUUCUGAAAAUAACACUGGGUUAGACAGCACCAGAUUAUUAAAGAAGACAGCCCCCUGUGUCACAAGUGUCUCCCCCAGCUCCUCAGCCAAUCCCACUAAAGUACACCAUGGAACCAAGUCCUGCUUGAGCCUUCAAAACUGCAGAGGCGACUUGCAAAGCGCCUUUGCUGUUUCAGUUACCACGACAGUCUGGUGCCAACCUCCCAGAUGUGCAGGAGAUUCUGCUCCACUGAGCAUUAGCAAGUGCACAGACUCGACAAAUGCAACCACAGUGGUGGCAGCUGCUGCCCCUGGAGUAGGGAAGACACUCUCCGCAAGUCCUUUGGACAGUGGUUGGACGCUUUCUUGUUCUUUGCCUUCUUCAAGUGCUAGUGCUUCAGAUUUGAAAAACAUUAACAGCCUUACCCGAAUUUCUUCAGCUGGAAACACACAGACGACGUGGACUACUUUGCAACUGGCAGGAAACACUAUUCAGCCCUUAAGCCAGACACCAUCUUCCACUGUGACUCCAGUAUUGAGUGAGUCUGGUACCGGGCCCCCCACAAGCAACCACAGUAGCCAUGUGGCUACAGGCAUCAGUUUAAAUAAUUCCCUUCCAGCAGAUGGACAGCCAAGUGAGCAAGUAGUUGUUACCUUGCCUUCUUGUCCACCUGUACCUAUGCAGCCACUAAUUUCCCAGCCACAAGUUAAAUCGCAACCUCAAAAAAAUCUCCUUCCGCUGAAUUCAGCAAUGCAAGUGAUUCAGAUGGCUCAGCCAGUUGGGUCUGCUGUUAAUGGAGCUUCAGCCAAUCAAAACGUUAUUAUUCUUCAGCCCCCCAGCACCACCCCCUGCCCAACAGUGAUGAGGGCAGAGGUUCCCAGCCAAACAGUAGGUCAACAGAUAGUCAUCAUACAGGCAGCUAAUCAGAACCCGUUGCCACUCCUUUCUGCUCCACCUCCUGGUUCUGUCCGACUCCCUGUCAAUGGAGCCAAUGCUAUAAUAGGUUCUAGCAAUGCAGUACAAAAUGUUUCCACCCCACAGACUUUUGGAGGAAAGCAUCUUGUCCACAUAUUACCAAGACCUUCAUCUUUAUCAGUAUCUAAUUCAACACAGACUUUUUCUGUUACCAUGUCAAACCAACAGCAGCCUCAGACCAUUUCUUUAAAUGGACAGCUCUUUGCUUUGCAGCCUGUGAUGUCUUCAUCAGGAACUACGAGUCAAACCCCUAUGCAAAUUAUUCAACCCACCACCAGCGAAGAUCCAAAUACCAAUGUUGCCCUAAAUACAUUUGGUGCUUUGGCCAGCCUCAAUCAAAGCAUAUCACAGAUGGCUGGGCAAAGCUGUGUACAUCUGUCUAUUAGCCAGCCUGCCAAUCCUCAAACUGCUGCAAACAGUCAAACCACCCCAGCUAACUGUGUUUCAUUAACAACAAGUAUAGCACCUCCCACGACAACAGAUAAUUCAGCCACACUACCCAGUACUUAUAAUCUUGUGACUACUUCCUCAAUAAACACUGCUGCUUGUUUGCCACCAGCCAUGAAGUCAAAAAGGUUGAAUAAGAAGCCAGGUGCCAAGAAACACUUAGCAGCUAGCAAACCAGCAUGUCCCCUGAAUCUAGUCAGAGAAGUAGGCAAGUUAGACUGCCCCAGAACGGAAGGCUCAGCAGAGCCACCGUGUAGUGAUGGACUGCUGGACACCCUUCCGGUUGUUCUCCCAUCUGUCGCUGUGUCUGAAGCAAAUAAUGUGAGUGCGUCUGCUUCACAUUCUUUGGAUGUUCUGAAUUCUGAAUCAGCAAUGCCUGAAUCUGUAUCCAAAUCUAAGUCAGUAGAAGAGUCUAGUUCACCCCGCCAAGAAUCUGUAACAAGUGAACAUUUUGCAGCAGCCCUAGAAAAAUCCAAAAAUUCUAUGCCCAUUUUGGAACAAGAGACAUCUCAGGAUAGACCGCCAACUAGUUUAGGAUUGUCAGAUGCUACCAAAUCUUGUACUUCGGCCAGCGUGUUAAUUCCAUCUCCAAGAGAUCCCCAGAUUUUGGUUUCUCAGGUUUCUGGUUUGUCAUCCACCACAAGCACUACAAGUACUGACUGUGUUUCUGAAGUAGAAAUCAUCACAGAACCUUGCAGGGUAGAGCAAGGUUCAUCAGAUACAAUGCAAGCUGCAGGUCUCUUGAAGGGGCAAGGUUUAACUACAUUGCUAUCUGAUCUUGCUAAAGAAAAAGACCCUCAGAAAUCAUCUCUUUCAGUCCAGAUCAGUCACCCUGACUUUUCUUCAGAAAAUGGUAAGGUAGCCGAUGCCAGUGUGGAUUUACAUCCUAAACAGGAACUAUUGCUGUUGAGCAGUGAAGACAGAGAUCCACCACAGCAGCAUUCCUGCCUGCCCGAUCAGGAAGUUAUGAAUGGUUCUCUGCUCACCAGGCAGGCUGACUCUCCCAUGUCAACCAGCUCCGGCAGUAGUCGUAGCUUCUCAGUUGCAUCCAUGCUUCCUGAGACAACUAGAGAAGAUGUGACCAGCAGUACAACAACUAAUACUUGUGACAGCUGUACCUUUGUAGAGCAAACUGAUAUAGUAGCUCUUGCAGCAAGAGCUAUUUUUGACCAGGAGAACAUUGAGAAGGGGAGAGUUGGCAUCCAGGCUGAUAUAAGAGAGGUUGCUUCAAAGUCUUCUGAAACAUCGUCUUUGGAGGGAGACCAGCCUUUCAAGUCGCACAUCCCUAAAGAGAAUGGUACCGGACAAAGGGAAACAACAGCGAAUGAAUUUAACUCUCAGGAUUCAAUUGAAGUAACAGUGGAAAGACCCCUUGAAAAACCAAGUUGUUCUCUAGGAAGUAAAACAUCAAAUGCCUCCUUGCAGGCUGCUUCUUCGCAGCCACCAAGCCUCACCAGUUUAAGUGUGAAUAAUCUUAUCCACCAGAGCAGCAUAACCCAUCCUCUGGUCAGUUGUGCGGGUUUAUCUCAAACUUCGGACCAAACAACUGUUCCUACGACAGUGAAUCUGACUGUUUCGUCUAGCGCCUACAGCAGCCAGCCACCUGGACCAUCUUUGAUGACAGAAUAUUCCCAAGAACAGCUAAACACUAUGGCUAGUACCAUACCAAAUUCACAGAUUCAAGAGCCCCUUCUAAAACCAAAUCAUGAAAACCGUAAAGAUUCUGCCAAGCGUGCUGUCCAGGAUGACCUGCUGUUGUCAUCCACCAAACGUCAAAAACACUGUCAGCCAGCCCCGCUCAGGCUUGAAAAUAUGUCCCUGAUGAGCCGAACUGCAGAUAGCAUUCCUGACCAAGCUCAGAUGAUGGUUAGCCAGCUCCCUCCCAGCUCUUCUAACACAGUCGUGCCUGUUAGCAACCCAGCACACGGAGAUGGGCUUACACGGCUGUUCCCACCUGCCAACAACUUUGUGACCCCUGCACUGAGGCAGACGGAAGUUCCUUGUAGUUCUCAGCCUUCAGUGGCUGAGCAGCAGCAAACCCAGGCAAGUCAGCAUCUGCAGGCCCUGCAACAGCAUGUUCCCCCUCAAGGGGUUUCUCACCUUCACAGUAACCAUCUCUACAUCAAGCAGCAGCAACAGCAGCAAGCAGGGCAGUUAAGAGAGAGACAUCACUUGUAUCAACUGCAGCACCAUGUGCCUCAUGUGGAGAAUGUUGUUCACUCUCAGCCCCAUAGUGUGCACCAACAGAGAACGCUGCAGCAGGAGGUUCAGAUGCAGAAAAAGAGGAAUCUUGUUCAGGGCACUCAGGGCUCUCAGCUUUCCCUACAACCAAAGCACCAUGCAACUGACCAGUCUCGACCCAAGAGCGGUCAGCCGCAUCCGCAUCAUCAACAGAUGCAGCAACAGAUGCAGCAACACUUUGGAAGUUCCCAGCCAGAGAAGAGCUGUGAAAACCCUUCAGCUAGCCGGAACCACCACAGCCACCCCCAGAACCAUCUCAGUCAAGAUAUUAUGCACCAGCCACAGGAUGUUGGGAGCAGACCACAAGGUUCAGGGGUCUCUUCUGAACAUGUAUCUGGGCACAAUCCAAUGCAGAGGCUUUUGACAUCAAGAGGCUUAGAGCAGCAAAUGGUGUCCCAACCGAGCAUUGUGACUAGGUCUUCAGACAUGACUUGUACUCCACACAGGCCAGAGAGAAAUCGGGUUUCAAGUUACUCUGCUGAGGCACUCAUUGGAAAGACAUCUUCUAAUUCAGAGCAGAGAAUGGGUAUAUCAAUUCAAGGUUCCAGAGUUUCAGAUCAGCUCGAAAUGAGAAGCUAUCUUGAUGUUCCCAGAAAUAAGAGCUUGGCAAUUCAUAACAUGCAGGGUCGUGUGGACCAUACUGUUGCCUCGGAUAUCCGUCUUUCUGAGUGUCAGACAUUUAAACCAAGUGGAGCCAGUCAGCAGCCCCAGAGUAAUUUUGAAGUGCAGUCUUCAAGAAAUAAUGAAAUAGGUAACUCUGUAUCGUCACUGAGGAGUAUGCAGUCCCAGGCUUUUCGAAUUAGUCAAAACACAGGGCCACCGCCAAUUGAGCGUCAAAAGAGAUUACCUUACCCACCAGUUCAGAGCAUCCCAACAGGAAAUGCUAUCCCGCCAAGGGACAGUGAAAAUACGUGUCACCAAAGUUUCAUGCAGAGUUUACUUGCCCCUCACCUUGGUGAUCAGGUCAUCGGGAACCAGAGAUCAGUCUCAGAACAUCAGAGGAAUACACAGUGUGGCCCGUCCUCUGCAGUUGAAUAUAAUUGUCCCCCAACUCAUGAAAGUAUCCAUAUUAGAAGAGAUAGUGAGAGUCAGAAUAGAGAAAGUUGUGACAUGUCGUUAGGUGCAGUUAACACCAGGAAUAGUACCUUGAAUAUUCCCUUUUCAAGUUCCUCUUCCUCAGGAGAUAUUCAAGGUCGAAACACAAGUCCCAACGUUUCUGUACAGAAGUCUAAUCCCAUGAGGAUUACUGACAGUCAUGGGACCAAGGGCCACAUGAACCCUCCUGCUACAACCAACAUGCAUGGGGUUGCAAGGCCAGCUCUGCCACAUCCCUCUGUGUCUCAUGGAAAUGCCGACCAAGGGCCUCCUGUACGUCAGGCUAAUACUUCAGUUCCCCAGAGGUCAAGACAUCCCUUGCAAGACAGUGGUAGCUCCAAAAUUCGUCCACCUGAAAGGACUCGUUCUGGAAACCAAAGACAUAGUAAUGUCUUUGAUCCAAGUCUUCCCCAUCUCCCUCUCUCUACUAGUGGCAGUAUGAUUCUUGGACGUCAACAGCCUGCUACAGAGAAGAGAGGAAGUAUUGUUCGCUUCAUGCCAGACAGCCCACAAGUACCUAAUGAUAAUUCAGGUCCUGACCAGCAUUCACUGUCACAAAAUUUUGGUUUCCCUUUUAUUCCUGAGGGUGGCAUGAACCCACCAAUAAAUGCUAAUACUUCUUUCAUUCCACAGGUCACUCAGCCCAGUGCCACUCGAACUCCAGCCCUCAUCCCAGUAGAUCCCCAAAACACUCUGCCCUCUUUCUAUCCCCCCUAUUCCCCUGCCCAUCCUACACUGUCCAAUGAUAUUUCAAUCCCCUACUUUUCUAACCAAAUGUUCUCAAAUCCUACCACAGAGAAAGUCAACAGUGGAAGUUUAAAUAACCGAUUUGGAUCCAUUUUAUCUCCUCCCAGACCUGUUGGCUUUGCUCAGCCAAGUUUUCCUCUUCUCCCUGACAUGCCGCCAAUGCACAUGACCAACUCUCACUUAUCUAACUUUAAUAUGACAUCCUUGUUUCCUGAAAUAGCGACCGCUCUUCCUGAUGGCUCAGCAAUGUCACCUUUGCUUACAAUAGCAAACUCCUCUGCCUCUGACUCUUCCAAGCAGUCCUCAAACAGACCUGCCCAUAACAUAAGCCAUAUUUUAGGUCAUGAUUGCAGUUCAGCUGUCUGAGUAGACGAAGUAUGUGUGAAGGUACUGGGUGAGGUUGCAAAUGUAUGUGUGCAUGUUCACACGCUUGUAUGUUCACAAAGAGAGGGUGUGUAUGUGUGUCUUUGUGCAUCUUUUUUCUCUUUGUGGUUGUAUAAUCAGUUUUCAGUUAAUGCUCUGAAUACCAGGGAGGCCAUGUCAGAGAUGAGAACUUGUCAAAAACAAGUUAGCUUUCAUUUUUAACUGCACAGUGUACUUUUUUUUAUCUUUGAAGUCAAUUUACAUUUCUGUGCUUGAUUUGUAAUUUUAUAGUCUCUGAAUAUUAAUCAAGUAGAGGUGAAGGGCGAUCAUCUUGGCGAUGUGUUGGGUAGAAGAAAGGAGCUGAGAUUUGAAACUUGAUUGUUGAUAAUUUUUAAUGUACUUGUAGUAGAGUUGCUGUCUCAAAAUACGGGCAACUUGAUGAGACACAGUGACUCAUAAUGAGAUGCUGGCUGGUAAUAUCUAAAGCAGUUUUUUACACCAUGGUCAGUGUUGAAUUAAUGUCAAAUGAACAUCUUUGCUAGAGUCAAGCAUUUGGCAGAUAAACGGAUUAUUUAAUCAGCCUUGUUCCCCAGGGUUGGUUUAGGUAGAGGCUUCUUUCUUAAUUGUAAUUUUCAUAAAAUAUCUGAAAUCCAUGAAUUGUUCUUCAAAGUAGGGAGUCAUUUUCCUUGAAUGUGCCAAGAUCCUUUAAAGCAAAAGUCUUCCUUAGACAGUUAGCCUUAAAAAUAGACCUGAAAAGUAAAGUACAUAAAUAUUUUUCAUUUCUGUACUUGCAGUUUGCAUCAGGCCAUAAGGAUAAAAGUAGUUACACUAUAGAGGUUUUUAUGAGUUCAUUUAAUGAUUGGUGUCUCACCAGUUGAAUUUUUUGGCUUUAUCUCCCCCUGAUGUUGGGAGUUGAAUUUAUGCUAGGCAAGCACUGUAGCACUGACCUACAUCCCCAGCCCUCAGCUGAGUUUGGUUUAGUAUUCUUUCUUUUCCAUCGGUAAAUGAUGUGUUCAGAAUCUACACAUUUAUUUGAGCUUUACUGAUAAAUAUUUCUGAACAGAAUUUUAAGCCCUCAGUAUUUUCAUUAACUGAUAUAAAUUAUAUUUUAAAUAUGGCAUUGUAUGUUACGUUAUUACCCUUCAUAACGGAAUUACAAUAAGAUGAAUUUGUUAUUUUUUUUAAUGGUAGAUGUGUGAAAUGGUGCUUCAAAAAAGUACAUAUGUACUGUGUGUGUGUGAAUGUGUGAGAGUAUGUAUGAAACCAGAUUUUAAAGCAUAAACUGGUCCUUACUAUUCUACAGUGUAUAAAUAUUUCAGAAUGUUACACAUGAUAAAUACAUACAAUUUUAUGUCAAUGAAAAAUAAAUAAAAUUUUUAAAAAAUUGGCCUGCCAUCUGAAAAUGGGAAAUUGAAACUUGCUAAAAAAAAAAUAGAAAAAUGAUGUGGGUGGAGUUUUUUAAAAACCCCUCUGAAGUUAAUAGUAAAUUGAAAAAAACAUAUAUUGAAUUUUGAAAAUGUAAGAAAACUUAAGAAAGCAGCUGCUGUAUGUAUACUUAGUUUCUUAAACCUGUUGAACCUGACUUUUUAUUGUUUUAUUCUGCCAAAAAUGAAAUGGGGUGGAAGAUAUGCAUAUAAAUUGUCCUGUCUGCUGUGUUAAGGAGCGAACCCAGGGCCCAGCAUGUUUUUUCCAUCCUAAGGAAGCCUCCUAUGGCCUGGUCAGAGCAGUUACCUCCAAUGAAUACCUCGUCUGAAGACUCAGCGAAAGGGUUGUUUGUGCCUCUUGAACUGUUCUCACCAAACAUUCCUGUUUCUGCUGCCAACUAAAGCAGCUCCCCAGGGGCGAAAAAAAAAAAAAAAAAG